CCGGCGGAUGGUCUGCGUGAGGUCGCGUAGCGAGCCUUGGGAACUUGCUAUGGAGGAGUCCAGUGAGCCACUACUGGAUGCCAAAUCCGGGGUCACCAAUCAGCUUAUAGAUUUUCAGUGGAAACUGGGUAUGGCUGUGAGCUCGGACAGUUGCAGAUCUCUCAAGUAUCCUUAUGUUGCAGUGAUGCUAAAAGUAGCAGAUCAGUCAGGCCAAGUGAAGAACAAAUCCUUUGAGAUGACAAUUCCACAGUUUCAGAAUUUCUACAGACAGUUCAAGGAAAUUGCUGCUGUUAUUGAAACUGUAUGAAAACUGAUUACUUUGCUGCUGGAUGGCUGUCAUUGUUCUAAGAUCAUAGACUUCACUUUCUGCAACAAUGCUGCAUAAGGAGCAAAUGAUAUUUAUUGAAUGAAAAUUGCCCUUUUGUUUUUCCAUUUUUUUAAAUAAUAAAAAAAUCAGACAAACAGGAA